AUGUCUGCCCCACCACCGCAUGCUGUACUCAACUCUCAGCGCCUGAUCUUGUCCACCCCCCAAUCCAAAAUCCAUUUCGCCCUCCUCGGAACGGCCCUUGUAGAUGCACUCGGCGGUCCAGCAGAAUUCCAUCGUCGAUUCACAUUCCCAUUCGUUGAUGAGAUGACAGAGAACGCUAACUUUGACGAGGAUGGCGAGCCGCUGAAGAAGGGGGUCUGGACGGAUGAUACGAGCAUGGUUCUAUGUUUGGGGUGGUCGAUCGCAACAUUCAAAUCUCGACAUGGACUUGGCGGGGAGCCCGGUGAUGGGUUUGAUGAAGCCGACCAGUUGGAUGCAUAUGUACAGUGGUGGAGAGACGGGGAGAUGAGCGCCAUCGGGAGGUGCUUCGACAUUGGCAACACCAUCGCGAACGCACUGCGAACGUGGACCGCGCUCACCGAGCCGCCACGCUCCAAGCUCAGCGGCGAAUCCCUGAAGCCCUCUUCCGCAGACACCAGUAAUAACCCUGAUCGGCAAUCGAAACAACAACGUGCAUUGCAAAAGAUCGCCAAAGAUCUCUCGAAGCCAGCGUUCAGCGGCAACGGUUCGCUGAUGCGCGUCAUCCCCGUGGGGCUCGCGUACUACCGCUAUGUCGUAGGGAAACAGGGUGCAUUCGACGAAAGUGGCGACAAGAUUAAGCUUGCGAAGUUUGGACAGGUGCAAUUGUCAGGAUUUUGCACCGUUGCGAGGCCGCUGCAGUAG